AUGGCCGCGAUCGCCAGCUCCCUGAUCCGGCAGAAACGCCAGGCGAGGGAGUCCAACAGCGACCGGGUCUCGACUUCGAAACGUCGCCCCAGCCCCAGCAAAGACCCCCGCUCUCUCUGCGAGAGGCAUUUCUUGGGGGUCUUCAGCAAAGUCCGUUUCUGCAGCGGCAAGAAAAGACCCGUUCGGCGGCGACCAGAUGCACCCUCGAAACCUCCACAGGUGUCCCAUAAGGGCUGCAGGCUAGAGCCACAGCUGAAAGGCAUCGUGACACGACUGUUCAGCCAGCAGGGCUUCUACCUGCAGAUGCAGCCGGAUGGAACCAUCGACGGCAGCAAGGACGAGAACAGCGACAACACUCUGUUUAAUCUUAUUCCUGUGGGUCUGAGAGUGGUGGCCAUCCAGGGGGUGAAGAGCGGCUUUUACAUUGCCAUGAAUGGCGAGGGCAUGCUCUACAGCUCGGAGGUGUUCACCCCAGAAUGUAAGUUCAAGGAGUCGGUUUUCGAGAACUACUAUGUGAUCUACUCGUCCACUGUGUACCGACAGCAGGAGUCAGGCCGGGCUUGGUUCCUUGGUCUCACCAAGGAGGGACAAGUAAUGAAGGGCAACCGGGUCAAGAAGACUAAACCCUCAUCGCACUUUGUGCCCAGGCCCAUUGAAGUUUGUAUGUACAGGGAGCCAUCACUGCACGAGAUAGAGGACAAGCACCGUUCCAGGAAGAGCUCAGGGACUCCCACCAUGAAUGGAGGGAAAGCUGUCAAUCAGGACUCCACAUAGCAUCCGAGGGAGGGGCUUCCAGCAGGGGGGAGUGGCCUCAUGCUGAAUGAGGGGAAGGGGCCAUAGGAAACUUCACCCGUCCCUCCCAAUGUACGCACCACCAUACCCUCUGGAAAAAAAAGACGGGUUAAUGAUGACAACGAGGGGCUAUUACUGUACACCCAAGACAACGAAAACAAAAACUGAAGUCUUGCCUGUGAAAACCUUUUAGAGGAAUUAAUAUGAAACCAGAGAGUGCGUGUAUAUAAAGAAAUCAUUUUCAAUCAGGACUUGACCAACAUUUUAUGCAAAAAAGAUAAAAAGCUGUGAUAAACAAAGGAAUGGUGGUCUCCCUUCACACAAAUACAAGUAUCUGUCAUUUUCAAUUUAUGCUGUGAAAAACAAGCUUUAAUACAUGUUCACUUUUCAUACAUUGUUUUUUUUCUCCUAAAUGCUAUUGUGCUUUCAUAUGCUUUAUUGUGUUGUUGUCAAUAAUAACUAUACCAUCAACAUUAUAAUCAUUGCUAAUUUGCUGCUCAAUCAUCCCAUUUAUUAUCAUGAUUAUUCUGGCUUUGUUUUGUUUUUGAGACUAAAGAAAGUAUUGUUUUUUUUUUUUAUUAUUACUCUGUUUUUUUCCCUAUCACAGUUUGAUCUUGAAUGCACUGUCACGCCACCUGCUCUGGUGUGAGGGUAAGACUAAAUAUACUGAAAGUUCUCUGUGAUGGACUCCAGUGGAAACAGAGUGCUUAGGGUGGGAUGUAAUUUACUCAGGUGUGUAUUGUAAGUUAGAUUAAUGUGACUAAUAGGACACAAACUCAUUUAUGUUACCCUGCUGUGGCAGGACGGGACUGAUACAAGCAAUAUAACAGAGAGCAGUCUAGUAUGUCUCUAAAUAAUACAAAGUCAAGCCGACAACACAUCUCAAUUUGUCAGUAGAAAAGACAAAGAAAGUUGUAUAAGUUGGUGAAAGUUGGCAAAAAAGGAAACCAGUUUUGGUACAGGUUCCGUAUUAUCUUAUCAUUUAAAAGGAGUAUUAGGUUAUAAGCAAUGAGAUGUCCAAACUUGUCAAAAACGACAAAGAAUAUUAUUCUCUCCAAAAGCUGAGAGGACAGUAAUGACCAGCAUCAGCACUACGAGCCAUGGCCAAAAAUGGUCACUUCACAUUUGCACCUCAAGAACCACAGACCCCUUGCUGUUAGCUAUAACAACAACUCAAAAUAUAACUAUAUAACAGUACUCUUUGAACUAUAUGGACUAAUCAUGAAAUGACAUUCGAUCAAAGACUUCUGCAAUUUUUCUACGCAGGAGAAAGAGAUGGAAUUUGUUUUGGCAAGCCUGGCCAUGAAGGGUUGUGGUGACUAAUUUCCAGAAAGUUCUACUAUUUCUAUUAUUCUGUUGUGAAAUGACUAGAGACUUUUUCAACACUGGUGGACAUGAUGCCUGACUGUUUAAUAAAUCAGUGACCUAACAUGUUAAAAUUUUUAAUGUAAGGUCACAAUCAUUAAGACUUUCCCAUCACAAUGGAAGCUAAAUGUCUCAUUGAGGAGCCAGUACAUCUGCAUUUGGCCAGAUUCAAGGAGGAUGUCUUACCAUCUCGGUGGGAUUUUCUGAAAUGGUAACACAUAUUGUCUCCACUCCCACUGGUUUUGUGACCGAUGAUAUGAGCUACUUGCUGCAUUGUGGAGGAAAGUCUUAUCUCUUUCAUAAAUCAACAGACUGACAGGGUUGUAUAAACAAGUUGAAUUGAUUGGUGCACCACAUACGCCGUGUACGCUGCUGAGCUUAUUCCUAAUCCCCAAUUAGUUUGUCUAACUCAGGAAGUUCUACAGUUGUGCAGUGAAUGGGCCAGAUAUAGAGGAUGGAUGCCCACUGUCCAGCACUAGUUGCACAAAGACUGGCACCAGUGUGGUGUUUAUGAAUUGGGGUCAGUAGCGUUAUUUAUUUUUUACUAUUGUUAAAGAUGGCAUACAGCUAAACCUAGCCAAGUUAGGAAGGCUGAAAAAGGGAAAUGGGUGGAACCAAGCAUGACCAUUGCAUGACUGUAAAAGUUGAUGUAAGUUUGGUUUGAGUUUGAGGUGGGAUCCAAUAUGAACUUCUUAUGAUUUUUGGGAGACUAUGUCCAAAACUUUUUAUGCAACGUUUUGAUCAGUAUUUUAGCGAGAGCUCAUAAAUGUCUCCUACAUGUGGUUGAAAACUGUUUGCUAAUUUGGUGAUAUGUACAGUAAAUAGCACAUAUUCAGUUGCACACAACAGACAGCAGUGACAUAGGUAUCAUUAUGGAUCUGGGAAAGUCUUCCAUCUGGGACCUGGGUCAGCAGCUGAUGCAAGUUAUCUGCAAGAGCUAACAGUAGAUUAGUUCAACUUCCACAGUACCUACUGCAUAACAGUGAUAGAUACAGUAUAUUAAACAUGACACUGAAAGUCAGCAGGCAAGACCAGCAUAUAAGUAUCUUUUUACAGAGGUUUAUACUGGUGCAUAAGACACAUGUUUGGACUUAAAGCAAUGCAUGAAGUUGGAUAUACUGAAUGUCAACUGUUGACAGAAGAAUGAAAGGAUGUGAGAAGGGAAUGAAUACACGAAUGAGUUAAAAACAGCUAAUAAGAGAAAGCAGUAAAGCAAAGCACUUUUUCAUGGGUUAAUUGACGUGUGUAAGAGUUAAUAAAGGCUUUGGUUGUAUGAGAUAUUAACUAUAAUUUUAAUAUUUUUAUGUUUGCAGAUGAUUUCACUGCAUUGGAACAUGCUCAUAUAUGCAUUAUGAAUUGUGAGAUGACAAAAAAUAUGCAUUGAUUAUAAAAAUC